AGACCCUCCCGCCUAUUUGAUACAAUUAUGCUGUUCUUAGGUGCUGUUUUCACCGCACGGUUUUUCCCAAUGGGAAAAGAAGAAUAUUCCUGGCACGGAACCAGAAUGUGAAAAUGGGAGAGAAGAUGAAAAUUUAAGGACGCAAUGUCUACCAACUGUUUGUUAAAAUCUCGCAGCUGUUAUUAAGGUGGACAGCUCAGGUCAAUCAAAAACUUGAUAUAUUCAGUUAGGGCACACACCCAGAUACACCAGAUCCCGGAUGAUUUCAUCUUUGUCGAACAUAACUAAAUAAAUAUUCGAGAGAUAGAGAGAGAGAGAGAGAGAUGGUGAAUGUGUUUACAGUAGCGAAGCCAUUGUUGCAAGGGCUGAUGAAGCUAGCUGGGAUGACACCCAAAUUAGUGGAGAUCGAACCAGGGACAUUAAUGAAUUUCUGGGUCCCAAAUGAAACGAUCCAAAGGAAUCAAAAUCAAAAUCAAAACCAUACCAAUCACAAAACCAACAAGCCUGCGGUGGUACUCGUUCAUGGCUUCUUCGGAGACGGUGUUAUAACAUGGCUAUUCCAAGUAUUGGCUUUAACCGGCAGGUACGCAGUCUACGUGCCGGACCUCCUCUUCUUCGGCGGCUCCACCACCGACAGCCACCACCGGUCAACCGUCUUCCAGGCAGAGUGUUUGGCCAAGGGUUUGAGGAAGUUAGGAGUGGAGAGUUGUACACUGGUCGGUUUUAGCUAUGGAGGUAUAAUUGGGUUUAAGCUGGCCAAGUUGGACCCAGAUUUGGUCGAGUCUUUGGUGGUUUCCUCCACGGUUGUGGAACUUACUGAGUCCAUUAGUCGUGCUUCGCUGCAGAAGAUUGGGUUCUCACAGUGGUCGGAACUUUUGUUGCCAGAGACCGUUGAGGGUGUGAAAGCUAUGCUUACAGUGGGUACUCACAAAUUGCCAUGGCUUCCUGAUUUUCUUUACAGAAACUUUCUGGAGGUUAUGUUCAUCAACAGAAAGGAGAGAACUGAACUACUAGAGGCUUUCAUCGACAGUGAUAAAGAUGCAACUGCUACUACGCACCCCCAGAGGAUUCAUCUACUGUGGGGAGACAAUGACAAGCUUUUCGACUUGGAAGUAGCCCAUAACAUAAAAGAGCAAUUGGGAGGCAAAUCCACCUUGCACUAUAUUGAAAAGGCAGGGCAUCUUGUUGGGCUGGAGCGGCCUUUCAUGUACACUCGCCACCUCAAGAGAAUUCUUGCAUCCUUAGAUGGAGAAAGGCUCCAGAAAAUGAACUGACUUCUUGCAUGUUCAUUCUUUUGUAAUGCAAAGUUCAACCAGUUCUUGGUCGGAACUCAAAAUGUAAGACAGAUUGACAAAUUUAUUGAUCUAAUGAUCGUACUCAAUGUAUAAAGUUAUCGUCUAUAAUGGGUCUCAAAGAAAUAACU